CUUCACUGUUAAAGAUGGAGAAUAGCAGUGGGUCUGAAAAUACGACUUUGUCAGCAAACUUUAAAUAUGAUGUUGAUGAAGAAGAUGAUAGGAAUACACCAAUUUCUAAAGAAAAUGAGCAGGAAGGAGAUGUGACAUUUAGUUCAUUGGGUGUUGUCGAUGUUCUCUGUAAAGCCUGUGAAGAACUGAAAUGGAAUUCACCCACGAGGAUACAACAGGAGGCUAUUCCACCAGCUCUCAAAGGAAAAGACAUCAUUGGUUUGGCUGAAACAGGAUCAGGAAAAACAGGAGCUUUUGCUCUUCCUAUUCUUCAGGCUCUCCUUCAGAACCCUCAGCGGUUGUUUGCCUUAGUUCUCACUCCAACCAGGGAGUUAGCCUUUCAGAUUUCCGAACAGUUUGAAGCAUUAGGAGCUUCCAUAGGUGUGAAGUGUG